AUAAAAACACAAAUCAAAAGAACAAAAAAAAAAGUCAGAUUAAAAAGGAGCAAAAUUGCUUUAGAAGUCAACAGUUUCAACAAAUCAUUUAUAAAAAAAGUGGAGAGAAGAAAAUUUGAUUGCUGGCCAAACAUAAACACAAAAAAGCCCCACACCCAUUUGAAUUUGAUGAUCGAUCAUAUAAUUCAAACUUGUUUGAAAGAAUUUCAAAAACCCAUUUCUUCUUUUUGUGUUUGAUCUUCUGAAACACCAAGAUGGGGAAAGCUGGAAAAUGGAUAUUGAAUUUUCUUCUUGGGAAAAAGGAUGAAAAUCAAAAGAAAAAGAAGAAGAAGAAAAUGGGUUCUUCUUCUUCUUCUUCUUUUCCUGAUCACCCUGAAAAUUUGAAGCUAAAGUGGAGUUUUAGAAAGACAUCAACCAAAAGUUCUAACCUUCUUUUAACUCAUCAUCUUUCUAAAUCUGUUAACUCCAUUGACACCAUUCAAGCUUUGAACCAUGUGGCCAUCGCAGAGCAGAGGAAGCCACCAUCAACUGUUCAAAAUGCUGCUGCUACCACGAUCCAAUCCGCCUAUCGGUCUCAUUUGGCAAGGAAAGCAUUGCAUGCUUUAAGAGCAUUGGUUAAGAUACAAGCACUUGUGAGAGGCCAUCUUGUGAGAAAACAAACAGCUGCUACCCUUAAGAGCCUGCAAGCUUUGAUGGCAAUCCAAGUUCGAGCUCGGGCAAGUCGGAUCCAGCUGCUCGAGGAGGAUGAAGAGCUUCCUGAAAGGAGGCGCUGUAAGCAUACCAUUAACACCAAUCUCGAACAAUUAUACAAAGAGAGACUAAACGUGAAUCUCAAUGAAAAAUUGAAACCAUAUAAAAGUAAGAGUGGCCAUAUAAGUCGUUCUCAAAUUGAGCAGAUAGAGAAUGAACAAGAUGCUUAUUGUAGACGAAAUUUUUCGACUCCAAGGAGGCAACUUCAAUACAAAAAUCAAUCCUCCUCCAUGGAAUCAGACACUUCUGAGUAUUAUAUAUUGGUGUCGAAACCAACAGCUGACACAACCUUAUAUUCUAUGGAUCAACAAAGGCAUUCAGAUUUUGUGCCGGAUGACUAUCUCUUAUAUCCAAAUUAUAUGGCCAAGACAGAAUCCUCAAGGGCAAAAGUACGAUCGCAAAGUGAACCGAAACAAAGACCCAAUUCGAACGCACGAAUGAAGAGCAAGCAAAUAGGAACAGCUGACAGAAUCAAUCUAAAUGAUCAAAUCCAUAACUCUUUACAAGGUCCGAAGCAUAAUGGCUAUGAAAAUCACAACCCUUGGUUCAUGAAGCUUUAUCAGUUCAAAAAAACGUCCAAGAACCAAGAUGGCGACUCUACAAGCAGCAAAUUUAGUUAUUCCAACGACUGAUCUUGAUUAUAUUGCUUACUUUUCAUCGAUUCUAUUAGAAUUGAUCAAACUUCAAUGAGAUAUUGUACACUUGAAAUCAUUAUUGACUCCGUCGAAUUUACAAAGAACGACUUCAAUUGUUUCA